ACACACAGACCGGUCAGCACCUCCAGCGACUUGCGUCUUCAGCCGACCAUUAUCUCCUCUUUGUUAAGACAAAUUUUUCACGACACAGCCCACAGCCAGCUGAAUUAUUCAGCCACCUUCGACUUGCAUUUAUUGAUUGGAUAAUGAUAGCUUAUCGUGGGAGAAUGCGCCGUGCCAGGGAGGGGCGGAAGUGACAUGCGGGUACAAAAGUCUACGUGCGCUCAACAAUGUGGACAUUAAGAGUUGGGAUUCUCCUGGAGGGGUUUCGAAGCGGGGUCUUCCACUAGCCGAAAAGGAUGAGUAAAAGUUGGCAAUCCACAGCAAAAGGAUUCGUAUAACAUUUCUUCGGCCUUACUUUUUGUGGAAAAAAAAACAACCAAAAAAAAAAAUUAAGUCCAAAGCAAGAAAGAAUUGAGAGAAAGUGGUAAGAGGGUGUUUUUAAGACAAUACUGUGACGACGAACAGCACCCGGAAUGAAUUCUUGGUUGCGGGUUUGGGCUCAGUCUGGUGUAUUAAUUCUUCAGCUGCUCCGACUGCCCGCCGUCAGUGCGCUUUCGCUGUCCACCGCUCCUCACCAAGGACACACUGUUUCGUUGAAGUCUCAGCAACUCUUUAGAAACGGACCAUUCCUUUUCCACUACAAUCCGUGGCAGGUUUUGCGAUGGCCGCUCGCUCACGACAUAGCGAGCAAACUUGAUAGGUUAACAAAUGUUCGCAGCCAGCUGUUCGGCAAGGAAAUGGGACUGGCUUCGAAGAAAAAGCCGAGUAAAAUAUCUAGAAAACGCCAGAAAGAGAAGAGUCUUGUAAACAGCUGGCUCCCCGCGGCCCAGAUUAGAAGCGGCCUGCAAUAUGCAUUGCACCCCGAAGUGCUGGAUUCCAUAGUUUCGUUCGACCACAAGUCUCACUCCACUCCUGGUGUCGCUCAAACGAAAGGACAGAAGGAUCCGACCAGAGAAGGACACGGGAAAGACGAAGGUCUUCCUCGGCUGAUUUCACCGAGUAUCCACAAACUACAGGUGCACAAGAACACCCGGGUACACGACAUCAAGUUACUACAACCCACCCACAAGGGAAACCCAACACACAGAAACAGCGGUCUUCCUAAAUCUAAUGCAUUUGAAGGAUUCGGCAGUUAUCAGUAUUUUGAUAUGAUGCCAGCUGACAGCAAGGAACAACAAUUCGGGGGGUCGUUCGACAUGGGCGGGCCGCACUACUUCAGCGAUAGUGACGUCACUCCUCAAGAGCAGGGUGGCGACCUCUGGAUGAACGCCGGAAGUGGCCAGAUAAAGGGUAGUUUCGGAGCUGUCCAGUCCUUUGAGGGUCAUUUUGUGGACGAAUCAAGAGAUUGUGACGUAAUAGACAAGAAGACGUGUUUUGGCGAUGACGACUGCCUGUGUUACGGUCUUUAUGAGUGUUCCACCAAUCGCUGCGUUCCGCUGUCAGUGUCAUCGGCAGAUACUAGUAAUCCACUGGGGGGAUUUUGGCAUGAAGAACCAAUGGAAAUAAUGAAGAAGCGGAAGUCGUCGAAAGCGAUGAAGAUUAAAUAAAUCAGCCAAGGAACGUCCACAAAAUCCGAACAUCAAGAAGUGCAUACACAAAAAAAGAAGCAUGUUUAAAUAUAAUGUUAUGUACACAAAAUUGAAAAUCGUAACUUUUAAAUGAGGUAUUUGUUUCCUCAAUCCUCAAAAAAAAGAAAAAAAGUAACAUAACGGACCCGUUUUUACAUCAUGUGACGUUCUUGAAAUGUAAACAUUUUGUUUUAAAUGGGCCGACUCUGUGACAUCACCAGAUGUAUUUCGUGUUGGGUUUUUUCACCGUUGUGUUCCUGCAAUUCAUCCGCUACCACCUGUUGUGGCUCUUUCUGGUUUGCAUAUAUUUUCUGACGCUCACGAUAUCGUGUUGUUGUUUAUUGUGUUUUCCUUCCAUCUUGUGUUAGAUGUGUGGUUUUUUGUCAGAGCAUUCGCAUUGGAAUAAAUGUACUAUCACUU